AUGUUGCGACUACUAAAAAAAGUUAAAUUAACGCGAUAUUUAUCCACUGCGGCCAGACCAGAACCCGAAAGGAAUCCAUCGGUCCUUUAUACAGGAAUAUUUAUCGACAACGAAUGGCAUCGAUCGAAAACAGGGAAAACGUUUCCUACGAUAAAUCCUACGACCGGCGAAACGAUCGCGGAAAUACAAGAAGGCGAUGCCGCGGAUAUAGAUGUAGCCGUAAACGCUGCCAAUAAAGCCUUCAAAUUAGGCUCGCCAUGGAGAACCAUGGAUGCUUCCAAGCGCGGUGCGCUCUUACACAGAUUAGCCGAUUUGAUGGAACGUGAUCGCGCUUAUAUCGCGUCUCUCGAGACACUGGAUAAUGGAAAACCUUAUUCGGCGGCGUACGAGUUCGACAUACCCUCGAGUAUAGCAACGUUGAGAUAUUACGCCGGGUGGGCUGAUAAGAAUCACGGAAAGGUGAUUCCCAUGGAUGGAAAUUUUCUAGCGUACACUCGUCAUGAACCGGUCGGCGUUUGCGGCCAAAUUAUCCCAUGGAAUUUUCCUGUACUGAUGAUGGCUUGGAAAUUGGCUCCAGCUCUGGCUACGGGGAACGUUAUUGUAUUGAAGCCUGCGGAGCAGACGCCUUUGACAGCUUUAUACAUGGCGCAAUUGACCAAAGAUGCUGGUUUUCCCAAUGGCGUGGUCAACGUCGUUCCCGGCUUUGGUUCAGCCGGAGCUGCGCUCGUUAACCACAACUUGGUCGAUAAAAUAGCUUUUACCGGUUCGACCGAAGUUGGAAAACUGGUGCAACAGGGUGCUGCUUUGAGUAACUUGAAGAGAACCACGUUGGAACUCGGUGGAAAAUCUCCCAACAUUAUUUUAGGAGACGCCGAUCUCGACCAUGCCGUGGAAACAGCACAUUUCGGGUUGUUUUUCAACAUGGGUCAGUGCUGCUGCGCCGGGUCUAGGACUUUCGUACAGGAUAAUAUUUACGACGAGUUCGUAGAACGAAGCGCCGCACGUGCUAAGUGCAGAGUCGUCGGUGAUCCGUUCGACUCGAACGUAGAACAAGGUCCUCAGGUUGAUGAAGAACAACAGAAUAAAAUCAUUUCCAUGAUCGAAACGGGCAAGCAGCAGGGAGCGAAGUUAGUUUCCGGUGGUACAAAAGUCGGCGAUAGGGGAUACUUCGUCGCGCCAACGGUAUUCGCCGAUGUCACGGAUCACAUGACCAUAGCGAAAGAAGAGAUCUUUGGACCGGUUCAACAAAUCCUCAAGUUCACCAGUUUGAACGAAGUUAUCACACGGGCAAACGGCACCGAUUUCGGAUUAGCGGCGGCGGUGUUCUCGAAAGACAUCGACAAAGUAAACUACAUCGUGCAGGGUCUCAGAGCUGGUACUGUAUGGGUUAACACGUACAACAUGCUGACGCCUCAGGUACCGUUCGGUGGUUAUAAGAUGUCGGGACAUGGUAGAGAACUUGGAGAGUAUGGACUCCAAGCGUACACCGAAGUCAAAAGCGUUAUUGUCAAAGUAAACCAAAAGAACAGUUAGAUAAACUAUCUUUACUAUUACUUUUUUAUACUAUUAAGAAGUCGCGAGAGAAAGAGCAGAAACAUUGUAAUACCAAUAUAUUUUUAUAUAAUUUACAUGAUACCAUCUCACGAAACGUGAUCUUACGAUUAGAAUUACAGGAACUAGCUACAUUCGUCAUAAAUGAUAUUGUACAAAUUACAAAAAUAUGAUUAAAGAAUAAUUUACCCGUC